CAAACUCCUCCUUCAAGAAUCGCACGAAACGAGCUCAGAGUGACUAUGCUCCAUUUCCUCGCUCGAAGCUACGAGCGUGAACCAACGCAAAAUCUUUAGGGCCUUGCGGAGUUCGUACCGCCAUCGAGGCAGAGCUCGAGUACAGAGCUCGAGUACGAUCGUCGAACGGGAACCAUAUAGAUUCAUUCGCGUUCCCACACGUGCGACGACCAACCCCACUCUCCAGUUCGCCACUUCCCAGACCUCACUCGCUCGCCUCGAAAACAAACAAGAACGAGGAACAGCAGAGAAACAAGCACAGCCCAGGCUGAGCGCUUUCUCCUCGCCGUCUCCUCGCCUCCUACUCCUCCUUCUCUUGGCCUUCUCUCAUUGCUGCAUAAACCUUCAAGAAAUCCCCACCCAGAUAGGAGAAAAGAUCAAGUGGGUGUUCUUCUUUCGCUUCUCAUCUCCCUUCCCAGAUCUCUUCUCGAGCUGGGUCGUCACUGAGGAGCUGCGAAGGGCGUCCAUUCGUCUUUCUAGUGAAAAGGGAGACAUGGCGAGUUAUUCGUCGAUGGUUGCGGCAUUGCAACUCGCGAGUUUGGAAAACAAACUUGUUCUGAAGAGAGUUUAUUCUUUCAAGUCGAUGCCCGGUAAUUAUGUCCUCAAGCGGUCCGUAAAUGAAGUAGCUUUGUCGCUUCAUAGUAAGGCUAGUGUCCGUCGAUGCUCUGUGGGGAAAGUGGAGAAGUUUGUGGUCAUGAUGAGCGUGUCGCAGCCACAGGAUGAGUCCCAGUCUGUUGGUGCGGUUAACACCGGGAUUUUCGAAGAAAAGGGAGCUAGCGGAGUAGCGGGGAAGAAUCUUAAGAUUGUGGAAGAUGACUAUGAGUUGGUGACAGAUCAGAAUGGUAAUGGCGGGGAUAGCUUCGACGGUAUUGGCGGCAACGGGGGAUUCUCAAAUGGGAGAGGUGGUGGCGGAGGUGGUGGCAGAGAUGGUGAUGACGGGAAUGACAAGGAAGAGGAGGAGUUCGGGCCUAUCAUGAAGUUUGAGGAAGUGAUGACGGAAACCAAGGCGCGGGGGGUUACUCUUCCUCCGGAUAUGUUGGAGGCGGCAAAGAGUGUCGGGCUUCGCAAGGUUCUUCUGGAAAGAUUCCUGGAUUUGCAGGGUUCCAGCUGGCCAUUGGGCUUUGCAAUAAAGUCAUGUUCCAUGCUUCGGAAUCGAAUGUUGGCUGAUCCAUCAUUUCUAUUUAAAAUUGGAACAGAGAUAGUUAUUGAUUCUUGUUGUGCAACAAUUGCGGAAGUUCAAAAGAGGGGCAAAGACUUCUGGGCAGAAUUCGAGCUGUAUGUCGCAGAUCUUUUGGUUGGGGUGGUGGUCAACAUUGCUUUAGUUGGUAUGCUAGCUCCUUAUGCUAGGAUUGGUCAACCUUCUUUUGCCAAGGGAUUCCUCGGGCGCAUGCAGCAUGCAUAUGCAGCCCUUCCUAGCAGUGUAUUUGAAGCUGAAAGACCAGGGUGUAGAUUUUCUGUAAAUCAGAGAGUAGCCACAUACUUCUAUAAGGGAGUCCUGUAUGGUGCAGUUGGGUUUGCAUGUGGUAUCAUAGGACAAGGAAUCGCGAAUCUGAUCAUGACAACAAAGCGGAACAUAAAAAAAUCUGAAGAGGACAUUCCAGUGCCACCUCUUGUGAAGAGUGCAGCUCUUUGGGGCGUGUUUCUUGCUGUCUCUUCCAACACCCGGUAUCAGAUAAUCAACGGACUAGAGAGACUGGUGGAAGCAUCGCCUCUUGCCAAGCGUAUGCCGCCCGUCGCAAUGGCCUUCACGGUGGGGGUACGUUUCGGAAACAACAUAUAUGGUGGCAUGCAAUUCGUGGACUGGGCAAGGUUGAGUGGAGUGCAAUAGUUAUCUAAUUUUGUCCCCUUCAGUCAUCAGCUCAUCGAUUGUAAGUCUAGAUGCUUCGGGCCAUUUGGUUAGACUGCAUCAGGGCAUGUAUCCCCCUGGAAUAGGCGUCGAAAUCUUUAUUAACGCUUGGUGAUUUCUGAGGCCGGGUUCGAAUUCCUGCUUGGCCAUAAUGCAGAGAUUGAGUGUUGCUCUUGACCUUAGGAAGUUUUUCUGCAGAAAUGAAUUUGUAACAUACUGUGGGAAUAGCGCAUCAAGUGUCAAAGGGCUAACUUGUUCACAGAUCUGAAAAGAUCGAAUUUCUGUGGUCUGGUUUGUUGAUAUAUGUGAUCAUUGUGGUCAUUGUCCUGGGCA